AUGACUUCCGAGGUCGAGUACUCCUACGACAAUCUUCGAAAAAACCUCUCCCUGUUGCUGCACAACAAGCAGCCUACACAAGAAAAAGGGCGCAAUUCCUGUGCUGCGUAUGGGUAUCCUCUCCCGCAUCCUGAUCUCCUCUGUGCUGUACAAAGUGAAGACAAGCUCAUUCUCCUUCUUUCUUCUUGGCUAUGCCUGAGGGUCGGAUUGCUUGCGCGUUUCAACAGUCACUAUCUGGUCACCGUGCAGAGUCAUCAGCUUUGGAGGACCAUCCUCCAGACGGAGUGGUUCACCAGCCAUGGUUCUAGCACCAAUGCCUGA